AUGAAGAAAAGUACCAAACCGAUUUUACUUGGAAUCCUUUUCUGUUCAUUCUUUUCUUUUGUUUUUUCUCGCAAAUUGUUUUUAAGUGAAAGAGAAAUCCAAGCAGAAGAAGAAGGAUUCAGUUAUGAUCAAAUCUCUACUCCUGAUGAUAAUUCCACAAGCACUGAUGAUAAUUCAACUAGUAGUAGUAAUAGUUUAUCAAGUGUAAGAGUAAACUCUAGAGAAUUACAUUUAAGUGGUAGAUUUAAAAUCACUUCCAAACCAAGGACUCGAAAUUAUAUUUUCGAAAUCACUAAUCAAACCGCAGCGCUAGAUGGUUACGAAAGACCAGUUCUGGUUAUCAAUAACCAGUUUCCUGGACCAUUGAUCGAAGCAAAUGACGGAGACACACUUCACAUUCUUGUCAAGAAUAAAAUCAAUUUACCUGUUUCUAUACAUUGGCAUGGAAUUUGGCAAAACGGUACACCAUGGAUGGAUGGUGUUACAGGUGUCACACAAUGCCCGAUUCCUGCUGGAACAGAAUUUACUUACUCUUUCAAAAUCAAUGGACAAUUUGGAACAUUUUGGUAUCAUGCUCACGCUCAAAACCUCGCAGCUGAUGGUAUCCUAGGACCAUUAAUAAUCCAUUCCCCAAAUGAUCCAUUAAAAAGAGGAGUAGAUUAUGAUAAUGACAUUGUCUUAGUAGUAAAUGAUUGGUAUCAUAAUAUGAGUACAACUAUUUUAGAGGGUCAAUUAUCUGCUGCAGGUUACCAAGGUUCAUUAGCAGCUCCAUCUCCAAACUCAGCUCUCUUUAAUGGAAUAGGUUAUUUCAAUUGUUCUUUAUCUGAACACGGUUCAAAUUGCAAACAACAAAAUCAGAUUUUAGAAUUGAGAGUUUCAGAGAAUGAGAAAACUAGAAUCCGUUUGAUUGGAGCUGGGACUCAUGCUCUGUUUCGUUUUUCGGCUGAUAAUCAUCCUUUAAAGGUUAUCGAAGCUGAUGCAACAGGUGUUAAUGGUCCUGCUGGAGUUCAUCGAUUACCUUUUCAUAAUGGUCAAAGAUACAGUGUCAUAUUAGAUACUUCUAAUGAUACAGUUGGUACGUCGUUUGCUUUGAGAGCAGUUAUGGAUACGGAUUGUUUUGCAUGGGUUGCACCGGGAUUAACAGAAAGAGCAGGUACAGCAAUGGCAAUCGUAAGAGUAGUACCAAAACAUGAAAAAAGAAGAUGUGGUUGCAGUACUACCGAAUUGAGUUUGAAUGCAACAGAUUGGAAAGAUUCAAUUGGUGGACCAUGUUUAGAUAUCAAUGAAGAUUUAACCCCAUUAAUCGCUCAAAGUGUACCUGAAACCGUACUAGGAAAAAGAGUUGUGAAUACGAGUUUUGGAGUUUUAUUACAACCUAAUUCAAAAAAUCGAUCACAAACUGAAUCAUUAGGAAGGUUUUUUGUUAAUUCAACCACAUGGAAGACAUAUACAUAUAAACCAUUAUUACCACAAAUGAUAAAUGGAGGACAAGGGAUUUUAAAUCAAUCAGAAGUAGCAGCUUAUACACUAGAAAGUUUAGGAUGGUAUGAUAUUAUAAUUCAAAAUUUAGAUAAAGCAAUUGACCAUUCUUAUCAUCUACAUGGAGUGGACUCUCAUAUUAUUGCAAGAGGUAAUGGAACAUUUGAUGGGAAUUCGAAUUCGAAUCAGAAUCUUAAGUAUAAUUUAGUUAAUCCUACUAGAAGAGAUACUUAUGUGAUCGGUGGUGGUACUUUUGCGAUUAUACGAGUUUAUGCAAAUAAUCCAGGAGUAUGGAUUUUACAUUGUCAUAUUGGAUGGCAUUUAGCAGCAGGUUUUGCUGGUGUAUUUGUAAUGCAACCAAAUCUACUAUCAACUUAUCAAGAACCUGAAUUAAAUCGAAAUCUUUGUAAAAAUGGACUUCAAUCUUCUAAUCAAAAUGAAACUGAACCUGGAUAA